UGUAUAUGCCAAUAGGAAGAUAAAGAAUACAUUUAUGUACUAAAUAAUUUUUACACAACAUAUGAAAUACUAAGUGCUAGAAAAGAUUAAAGGGUGGAUCAUUCCCAGUGAAGGCGGCAUCCGACAGAGUAGGGUCUACCUUAGGAUGGAUGAGAGAAGGCAGGUAUCCUUCAGGAUGGGAAGGGGAGAGUGUUAGAAGACAUCUUGAUCAAGGAUUCUUUCCCCUCUAUUUAUCCUCACAAUGGCUGUCAUGUUCUUCUUAAUUGGUGUCUCUGGGUCUGAGACCCAAGAAUGUGUAUUCUGCGUGUUCACUGGGGUUAUUUUAAAACAUGCCAAGGUUUAAGCACAGGAAGUUCCCAAAGCUUAUAAGACAAAGAACCAUUACCCAUGAUGCACCAGCUCAAGGCCUUCCUGCUAGGGUAGGCCACCUGGUGUAGCGUAGGCUGUCUGGGUAUUGCAAGGGAGCUGCCUCAGUCAUUGCAAAGGUCUCGGAGUCUGUGCUUUCCUGGUUCCAAUGCUGUCUACCCUUUCUCUACUUCUCUGUUUAGACCAGUGAUUCUCAACCUUCCUAAUGCUGCAACCAUAAAAUUAUUUUUUGUUGCUACCUCGUAACUAUAAUUUCGCUACUGUUGAGAUCUGUACUAUAAAUAUCUGGUAUGUAGACUAUCUGAUAGGUGACCGUUAUGAAAGGGUUGGCACAAAAGGGUUCACGACCCACAGGUUGAGCACCACUAGCCAAGCACCCUUUCUGCUUAGAUGUCAUUUCGGUUGUCUCUUUCUUUUACUUGUCUCUUUCCAUCUAACCAGGGUCCAGAAGGUCUGCUCUUGCUAUUUUGCCCUCAAGGUCUGAGUAGCUGCCGGCCAAUGCUUGGCUUUGAUCCUAUGCCUCCUUAUAUGGAAGGUAGGGUACAGUUCUUGAGAAACUCACAUCAGGCAGACCUCAUCUUCUCCAGACUAUCUGUCUGUCCAACUUCUCUGUGACCAGCUCAUUGGAAGUUCCCAUGUUUGCUGCUGGUUGCAUCAGAGAAGUUGCCGAAUGGAUGUGUUCCUUAGAAGGGGAGCUGUCCCUUAAGAAAUCUCUAGUCUAUUCAGUCUCAAAUUUCAUAUUUCACCAGAGCUGGGAUGCCCUUGGCACCUCCCCUUCCCUUCCUCCACCGAGAGCCCUGGCCAGCAACGUUCCAUUGCAGGAAACAUCUGCUGGUGAGGCCAAGCUAGGCCCGAGGUUACUGCAGGACAUUGGCCAGGGCCAUCACCCAGAUCCUGUAACUUGAAGCAUGUGUGGGGCUCUGGCCUUGCCCGCCCACCAGCCCUGCCUCCCUCCCUCAGGCCCCAGUGACUCUUAACAAAGAAGUCAUUUGCUGGCCAGCUGAAAGGGGCACGGUCUGGAGGAAAAAGGGGUGUGUGCAGGGCUGGGGUGAGAGCAGGCCCUGUGUUGUAGCUAAGUGGUGGCCCUUUUUGCCUGGGUGAGAUGUGAGUCACAGCGAUCCUGGCCUGGCCCCGGGGGGAUAGAAGCAUACUCACUGAACAGGCCAAUCUGUGAGGCAGAGCUGGACUAAGGAUCAGGACCACCAUGGGCCUCUCUGGAGCUUCUGAACCACUUGUGAGUCACUGAGUGUGAGUAGCCAGUGUGGAAUCGAGGCCUCCGGAGCCAGCUGUGGGUCAUCCUGCUCUGCAAAGUUUGCCUGAUCACGUGGGGCUGCACUUCCGCAACUCACAGCUUAUGUUGUGUACCUGCUGUAUCUGUGUCGUCUGGCCUUACCUGGACUCUUGAGUGACUGCACCAACCAGGGAGUAUUGCCUGACCACACCCCCUCGGGGCUGCCCCAAGACUGAAGACAAGGGAAGCAUGAAGCAGAGUCCAACUGUGGGAGACUGGACAGCCAGCCCUCUCUGAGAACCAUGCUUGUUGUUAUCUUUUCACUCAUGAGAGCUUGAACUGGGAGUACGGCUCUGAGAGCAGAAAGGAUAUCAACUGGGGUGGUGUAGACCCUCUGUGUAGAAGGCAAGAGAGUACUUCGUAUCCAGUCCAGGCAAGACUCACUGUUUUUAUUCUGAGGGAACCUGAGACUCAGCCUAAGGACCCAAGGUCCCUUGCCUGGGACAUUUGUUGGGAGUGAUGGAAUCUCUGACAGAAUCUGGGGUCCUCUGGAGCCUCCUGCUGGAACUGGACAGCCAGUCUCUGCUGUGGUACUUGAAGAGGCUCGCUGAUGCACCUGUUGGUCCUGAACACCUCUGCUGGCCUGGAUCUGAGAAAAUCCCAGCCGUGCUAAGCCCCACUUACAAGCAGAGAAAUGAAGACUUCAGAAAGCUCUUCAAGCAACUCCCAGACACGGAGCGCCUCAUUGUUGAUUACUCUUGUGCACUCCAAAGAGACAUUCUUCUUCAGGGCCGACUCUACCUCUCAGAAAAUUGGAUCUGCUUCUACAGCAACAUCUUCCGCUGGGAAACUCUGCUGACAGUUCGUUUGAAAGAUAUCUGCUCCAUGACUAAAGAGAAAACAGCUCGCCUCAUUCCCAAUGCCAUCCAAGUCUGCACUGAUUCAGAAAAGCACUUUUUUACUUCAUUUGGAGCCCGGGAUAGGACGUAUAUGAUGAUGUUCCGGCUCUGGCAGAAUGCUCUCCUCGAAAAGCCCCUAUGCCCCAAGGAGCUCUGGCACUUUGUCCACCAGUGCUACGGGAACGAGUUGGGUCUAACCAGUGAUGAUGAGGACUACGUGCCUCCAGACGAUGACUUCAACACGAUGGGCUACUGCGAGGAGAUCCCCAUAGAAGAGAAUGAAGUGAAUGACAGCUCAUCCAAAAGCAGCAUAGAGACCAAGCCGGAUGCCAGCCCACAGCUGCCCAAGAAGUCUAUCACCAACAGCACACUGACAUCUACGGGAAGCAGUGAAGCCCCCGUCUCGUUUGAUGGCUUGCCGUUGGAGGAAGAGGUGAUGGAGGGUGACGGGUCCCUAGAGAAGGAACUUGCCAUUGACAACAUCAUAGGGGAGAAGAUCGAGAUCAUGGCGCCUGUGACCUCCCCUUCACUAGACUUCAAUGACAAUGAGGAUAUCCCCACCGAGCUCAGUGAUUCUUCAGAUACCCACGAUGAAGGAGAGGUCCAGGCCUUCUAUGAGGACCUAAGUGGAAGACAGUAUGUGAACGAAGUCUUCAACUUCAGCGUGGACAAACUCUAUGACCUGCUGUUCACCACCUCACCCUUUCUGCGGGACUUCAUGGAGCAGCGGCGCUUCUCUGAUAUCAUCUUCCACCCAUGGAAAAAGGAGGAGAAUGGAAACCAGAGUCGAGUGAUUCUCUACACUAUCACCCUUACUAAUCCUCUGGCUCCCAAAACGGCCACUGUCAGGGAGACACAGACCAUGUACAAAGCAAGUCAGGAGAGCGAGUGCUAUGUGAUAGACGCCGAAGUCCUCACCCACGAUGUGCCAUAUCACGACUACUUCUACACCAUCAAUCGCUACACACUCACCAGAGUGGCCCGGAACAAGAGCAGACUCAGGGUCUCCACAGAGCUCCGCUAUCGAAAACAGCCCUGGGGGUUUGUGAAAACUUUCAUCGAGAAGAACUUCUGGAGUGGACUGGAGGACUACUUCCGCCAUUUAGAGACUGAGCUAACCAAAACCGAGAGUACCUACUUGGCUGAGAUACACAGACAGUCGCCCAAGGAGAAGACCAAUAAGUCUUCAGCAGUCCGGAGGAGGAAGCGUCCCCAUGCCCACCUGCGGGUACCUCACCUGGAAGAGGUGAUGAGUCCUGUCACCACCCCCACAGAUGAAGAUGUGGGCCACAGGAUCAAGCACGUGGCAGGUUCCACGCAGACACGGCAUAUCCCGGAGGACACUCCUGAUGGUUUUCAUCUGCAAAGCGUGUCCAAGCUGCUGCUGGUUAUCAGCUGUGUGAUCUGUUUCAGUCUGGUGCUGCUGGUCAUCCUUAACAUGAUGCUCUUUUACAAGCUGUGGAUGCUGGAAUACACCACACAGACGCUCACUGCCUGGCAGGGUCUCAGACUCCAGGAAAGGUUACCCCAGUCUCAGACAGAAUGGGCCCAGCUAUUAGAAUCCCAACAAAAGUACCACGACACCGAGCUCCAGAGGUGGAGGGAAAUCAUCAAAUCCUCAGUGAUGCUCCUUGACCAGAUGAAGGACUCUCUUAUCAACCUUCAGAAUGGUAUCCGGUCCCGAGACUACACAGCUGAGAGCGACGAGAAGAGGAACCGCUAUCACUGACAAGGCAGGACCAGGGGUGGCUACAAGAGGCCUGUGCAAUACAUGUACAUAGACCCUAUAAAUAUAUAUAAAUAUAUAUAUAUACAGAAUAUAAAUAUAUAUUAUAUACAGAUUUUAAAAACAAGAGAUAAUGCCUAUGUACCAGGGAGAAGGAGCGGGAACUCCCGCCCCCUGUGCCGGCCAGAGCAGCGUUUCCCCCUCCACUGUGGAGGGACCGAGGAGGGCAGGGACCACCUCUCAGCACCAACCUCCCCUGAUCCUCCUCCUCCCAUUUUUUGUUCCUCAUUCCUUCCCUUGCUGGCCAUUCUUGGCCCUUCGAAGGGAAAUGUGGCUGAGCCAAAGUUUAUGCCUGUGAAGACCUUCGUUGUCUUCAAUGUCGUUUCAAGAGGGCAUUGCUUAAGGUGCUUCAUUUCCUAACCCCCUUUUAAUUUGUCUCUAGGAUAAAAGAGAACCUGUUGUCCACCCCCCAUUCUCGUUACUCCCCCCUCCCCCCAACCCAGCGCUUCCCCAGGCCUUCCCUUGGGAAAGGAAGAAUGGAGCAGGCAGGAGCCCCAUUCAAAGUCCCCCAGGAGGCCAUCGGUUAGGACCACACUGAAAGCCAGGUGGUGAGGACUGUGACAGAGGCUGCAUUUGUGGGCCUGGGCUGUGGGGCUGCAGGCUCCUGAGCUCUGGCAUCUGAAGGGAAUUCUUCCUCAACCACCCCCACCUCCACACCUUCUUCUGACCUGAGUAGGUUGUGGACCCCACAAGGGCUGGGAAUUUCCUAAGUCUCCCACUCCCUUUCUCUCUGGUCUUCUCCCAGGCUGGAUCUGGGGGAAGGGUCACUUUUUAGUGCCUAAAAUCCUAUUGUUUCCGUGUGCCCUAAGAGCACAUUGUUUCUUAGCCAGGGUGGAGCCUUUUUGACCUUGUUUCAAAAACAAAACAACAACCUCUCUUAUUGAAAGCAAGUCAGGUCUGUGGCUCUAAUUUUUUCUCUUUGAUCUGUGAGUUUGAUGUCCAGGAUAAGUCAGGGUAUCCUAGUCCCUCGGGGCUUUGGGAGACAGAGAACAAUCUAGAAACAUGGAUUGCAGGGCUUACCCAGAAUCCUGUGUGAGUAGUGAGCAUAGUAGCCAAGCCACUUUCGAGGGCUAACAGCGUCAUGAACUCUUCUUGGUAAGGAGCCAGCGUUAGCAAUAGAGGCAACUCUGUGCCACUGUGCAUGGGAAAACAUAUGCGCCACUAGAGGGAGGGUUUGGCAUGGAUGCCACCUCAGUUCUAAGUUUCUCAGGUUUGGUAGUGAGUUUCUGAAGAUAUGUGUAUAAAUCUCUUUUAGUCUUUGACCUUAGUGAGAUAGAAAGCCACCAAGGAAUAAAAGGCAGAUGUACAUUGGAAACUUGAACCAUCCAGGGCCUUCUUAAUGUUAGCCCAUCAGGACUCAGGUUUUAUAUGAUCUCAAGAGGUCCUUCUGGGCAGACCCAUCAUCCUCCCUUACAAGUCUCUACUACUCUUCCAUAUGAUGGCUCAAGGAAUCCUGCCAGACCUUGGCAGAGCUCUUGGAGAUCCAUGGUAGUAAACAUUGCUGCCAGGUUGGCACGAAAACUCCGUUAAGCUUGCUGCUUCUCCCAGGCUUCUGAAGGCCAGGGAAGAAGGAGACCUGGAUUUCCCAGAGCAUCAGUACAAAAGAAGAGAAGCAAGGUGCCAGUGAUUAGCUCCACCAGAGAAGAAGUUACUUUCUCCUCUUAGAAUUGUCCGAACAUUCCAUUUUUGGCAGUGAAAGAAAGGCAUCGAUUUUGCAGUGCCCCGGAGAGGUGUUGGUAUUUCUUGAAGAGCAAAGCCAAAAAUAAAAAAAAUAAAAUAAAAAUAAAUAAAGGCUGUACCUCCAGAUCAUCUUCUGAUGGAGGGAGAAGAAGGCACCUGUGGUUAGUUAGCAUUGCUAGCAUUCUGAGAAAGCAGGGGUGAGGAGUGGAUUUGUUUGUUCCUCUGGAGUGGACAAGACCUAAAAGACCGCUUGGUCGUUACUUGGUUGCUUUGAGAGAUGCUGAUGACUGUCAAGACCCACGAGCCCCAAGUCAAAGAAGGGAGGAUGGUCCAGGGUGCUAGGCAGUUUCUUCUUGGAAUAGGCAGAAGCCAGAAGCAUUCCCAGAAAGUUUUUGAAAGCAAAAUUGGAAAUUCUCAGAUUUAUUGCACAUGUAGUUCUUUACUUAAGUUUAAUUGCUAAAGUAGCCAUGAGUCUUUUAAAACAAUUUCAAAGGUCUUCUUUGGGGGUGGGGUGGGGGUGGCGAGGGGGACAAAGUAAAGUAACAGAAGCGGCCCUAACCACUGAGAACUACCGUUCUUUGGCCUGCAGUAUCACUUAGGGGAGGAGAGCACCUAAUUUGUCAGGGAAAACCUCCUGUUUUCUGGUGAACCCAGAUGAUAUGUGUUCAUAAAGAAUAGCCCCCAAGAAUGACGACGGCUUUCUCCUGAGUUCCUUCUGUCUUAGCAUUAGCUUGGGUUUUUAAACCUGGAAGAAACCAACGUAUCAGUUUAUUCUCAAACAACAUCUUUCCUCCUCUUCGUCCAUACUUUGUGAAGGAAGUGGGAAUUCACCCCUGGAGCCAAAGUAAGUGGCCUGGACAAUGGCCUGGCACAAAGCUAGUUGUCUGCAGGACGGCAUAGAAGCUACCUGGCCUUUGAUUACUUCUCCCAGCUGGCAGGUUUUUGUUCGUUUAUUGUAGAUGUACUUAUAGUUUGAUCUUUCUGUAAGGAUUUGUGUGGCAAGAUAUUUGAGUGCUUUUUACUGGACUGGUGAGAGGUUCGGGUUUGAGUCUCCGGCCAUAUUAUUGAAAAGUCGUGUGGCUUUGGAUAAGUCCCCGACACUGAGUUUCAGGAUCCCAAGUGUAACAGGAGAGAGCUGAAAUAAACGACCUUUAAUGUGGGAUCCAGGCUUGACCUUGAUUUGGAGGUUAGGCCAGGAUUAGCGAGAUGGGGAGUUUCCAGUCCUGGAAGAUGUCCUGCCCGGGCAGAUGAACUUUGUUCUUGGUAAGAGGUCUAGGGACCCCAGUGGCAGGGCUAAUCUUGCUCAGCAUUAGUACGAGAGCACGUUCCUUCCUUCUUUCUUUGGCCUAGUUUUAUGGAACUGGUUUACACUUAGAAGAUAACAGUAAGAAGAGUAUCCUUUUGGAUGGAGUCCAUCUUCCAUCUCCAGGCACUGUGAAUCCUUUCUACUAUUCAUACUCCUCACUGAUGGAGGAAGCAAUGGGAAGAAGCCAUUCCCAGUUCUAGAACUUCUGUUUUCCUCAGCCAAACCCCUGUCACAGUUUGAAUAAAUUAUGAAACCGUUGCUAAAAUCCUUGGCUUGAGUUAGGGCACUGGCAUCAAAGGAGUGAGGAGGGCCAGGGAACCUCAAGAGGAAUUUGCCACAAGUGGAUUUUCUACUUGUCCAUAGCCCCUCACCUAUGCUGGCACUGGCCUAUUAUUCUCAUAGACAGCAUCUGUAGGAUAUGAGGUGUUGGGGAAAUGACUGGCAAGGGGCAGAUUCUUUCUGGACUACUUGUGCUCCCAGAAGGGUCCUUUCUGUGGCAUAUCAUCCCACUUCCUUAGCUCUGCAGGGCAGCCAAAGCCAGCCCUGGUCAUUAGGACCAAGGAGAAAUAGCAAUCUUCUCUCUUCCCCCAGGUGGCAGGGCUGUGAUGGCCCUUCCUACACACCUGGACUCUGCCUCCCCACUUAGACUCUCCCUCCCCCCAACCCCAUCCCCAUCUCUAAGCUAUGGGGCAAUCGUUCCCCAUUUUUCCUUUGCCAUCCUUGACCCUCAUCCACACACCCCGCCCCCCAUCCUUCAGCAGGCUGGCCCCUCUCCCUUCCAUGUCCAAGUCUUCUUCCAGAAGAUGCAUUUGGAUCCCAGAGGAGUGUUUUCUGGAAGACAAUCUUUCAACACCCCUACAUUCCUGACAUAAAGCAGGAAUUUGCACAUGGCGUAGAGAGCUCCCUCUCCCACCUCUCUGCCCAGUCUUGUUACCUCACUCCUGCUCCAGCCAUUGUGAUGGGCUCAGCCAGCUCCCUGUUCUGAUGUGCCCUGCAAAAGCUCAGGGGUCUUGUGACUUGGAGAGGUCCUCAGCAGGCCUGGGAGCCCGGAUUGGAGCCUUGGCUGCCGAUGAGAAGCACUUACCUGCCAAGAUUUGCUGAUGCCAGACGAUCUCCCCAGCAUGUGAAUGCUUAACGGACAUUGCCAUCUCUACCCCCUUGGUCCUCCUUGCUUCUUUCCAUACAAUAAGACACCUCAGAAGCAAAAUGGCGGCCCUUGCUCCAGGCAGGACAUCAGGCUGUCUGGGGAGUUGGCCCUGGGCUUCUGUGUUGUGUGCAGAGACUGCACAGUAAAACAGUCACUUUUGCCAACAAGAAUGUGUGGCACCCCACAUCUCCCUACCUUGCACUCUAGGGCCAGACCACUCUCUGCAUGGACCAGACCAUUUUCCCAAACCCAUGGUGCUUCCCCCGACCCCACUCAACCUACAUUCUGAGGUGGGGAGGGAUGGAUCAGAGGCCAUAGUGGCCCCCUGGAUAAUCCUGACUUGGGGUGGAGUCGGGUGAGGCAGAGGGAGCAGCACCCAACACCUGCACUGGGCCACAAGUGGAAGAGAACACAGGUUGGUUGCAGUUGGGUUGCCUGACCGUCUGUAUUUGGAUCUAUAACUGUACUUUGCCUGGCGCUGUGCGCAAGGUCCAAAAACUUAUUGCUAGUACCUAGACACAUACAAGGCUGUCCAGCCAAAUCUUAAUGUAAAGUAGCUAGAGCCAUGGAAGUUCAGUAUGAAUUAAAGGAAAAAAAAGUAUUGAAUUACAAAUAAUAAA